CGGAAGUCUUCGCCGCUGUUCGUGCAGUAGUGAUUGUAGCCUGAAUACAUACACACAUACAUUCAUACACAUACACACACGGUUGUCCGCACAAAACAGGCAAAGAAACAACACCCCCAAACAUCAUAUUCCAGGACUUACACCGCUGUUCUCUAGAAAAGGCCGAAGGAGACCCAAAUAAGGUGGGCUCUCUGCUGUCUGAUUGCCCUGGUAACUUAUUGCCAUGCCGUUCCCUUUCGGUAAGUCUCACAAGUGUCCAGCGGACAUUGUAAAGAAUCUAAAGGACAACAUGACCAUUCUAGAGAAGCAGGACAUUUCAGACAAGAAGGCUGAGAAGGCCUCUGAAGAGGUGUCCAAAUCUCUGCUGGCCAUGAAGGAGAUCCUCUACGGCACGAAUGAGAAGGAGCCGCAGACAGAAGCCGUGGCUCAGCUCGCUCAGGAGCUCUACAACAGCGGCCUGCUUAGCACCCUCGUCGCAGAUCUGCAGCUCAUUGACUUUGAGGGCAAGAAAGACGUGGCACAGAUCUUUAAUAACAUUCUGAGACGUCAGAUCGGCACACGGACGCCUACGGUCGAAUACCUGUGCACUCAACAAAAUAUACUCUUCAUGCUGCUUAAAGGUUACGAGUCUCCAGACAUCGCUCUGAACUGUGGCAUCAUGCUGAGGGAAUGCAUACGGCACGAGCCGCUGGCUAAAAUCACCCUCUGCUCUGAGCAGUUCUACGAUUUCUUCAGAUAUGUGGAGAUGUCCACCUUCGACAUCGCCUCGGAUGCAUUCGCCACUUUUAAAGAUUUGCUGACGAGACACAAACUGCUCAGCGCUGAGUUUCUGGAGCAGCACUAUGACAGAUUCUUUAGUGAAUAUGAGAAACUACUUCACUCAGAAAACUAUGUGACUAAGAGGCAAUCGCUAAAGCUUUUAGGAGAGCUGCUUUUGGACAGGCACAACUUCACUAUAAUGACGAAGUACAUCAGCAAACCAGAGAACCUCAAACUCAUGAUGAACCUACUGAGAGACAAAAGCCGCAACAUCCAGUUUGAGGCCUUUCAUGUAUUUAAGGUGUUUGUGGCCAAUCCGAACAAGACUCAACCCAUCCUCGACAUCCUGCUGAAGAACCAGACCAAACUCAUCGAGUUCCUCAGUAAGUUCCAAAACGACCGCACCGAGGACGAGCAGUUCAGCGACGAGAAGACCUAUCUAAUCAAACAAAUCCGAGACCUCAAGAGGCCAACCCCGCAGGACGCUUAAGGAAGGAUCAAGAAUGUAUACAAACGCAUAGAGGAUGUCUAGACAGUGUUUUAGGCAGCGUCUGGACGAUGUUUUGGCUCUCUGGGACGUUGAGUGGCCGCAGCACCGGGCAUGUUUUUGUGUUUUUGCAGGAAACGUUAAAUGCCGUUUGAGCUCGGUGGGUGAGAAAUAUGACGACGAGGGUGAAAAGUAGUCGUGCUUCGCUGGACAUUCAACCUCUCCCCCUACAAUGUGUUUAUUCUCAUGUUUCAAAAAACGAGCAAAAUGAACCGAAAAGACGAAUGGAGAUGCUGCUGCUUUAUUGCACAUAAAGAAGGAGGGUUUGAUACCUCAUACACAAUCACACACACUCUUGAUGCUAAUUGGAUAUUAAUGAAUUCAAGGAAAUUUGACAUGCAAAAAGCACUUAACAUUCAAACACACUCCUGUCAGCUCAUUUGCUCAUUGUUGACUGGUUUCAUGCGAGUUACAUAGAAACUGCAAAUGUGAUGCGUAAUUCAUGUUUUGCACAUUUUGAGGUUACACAUACUGGGUGAGUGAACUUGUACAUAGGCUUUUUCACUUUUAUUGUUGCUAUCAGAUUCAUUUUCAAAGACUGAAAUGAGUAAAUGUGUUGACUGAGGCGGUUUAGUGAUUUGUUGGAGUUGUGUCUGCGAAGUUGGCCCUGAUUUAACUCUGCCAUUCUUCUCUCAUCAUUAGUCACUGUGUCGUCAAGUGGGCGUAAUGGAAAAUUAACAUGUAUGCUUUCAGUGCACGUGACCUUAACACCACAGUUUUUUUGACUUCUAAAGCUAGUUUUCAGUACAACUAACCCUACUACUCAUACCUUUUAGGUAGUUUAUAUGUGAGCUUGUCCCUUGUUUGGAUAAUUGGAUGAUUUCAUGGCUGAAAUCUCAAAAAAAAAAAAAAAAAAAAACAUGUCUAGGUCACAUUUCACACUAAAAUCAAAAGGAAAAAAAUAUUUUUGGGUCAUUCUCUUCCAAAUUCUCAUUACUUUAAAGUAUCUGAUCUUUUUUCUCAAGUCAUUUCAUGACAUUUGCAUUACUGUAAUAGUUUUUUUUUUUUUUUUUUUUUUUUAAACUUAAAAAUGACUUUUUGUUAUUUUAAAGUCUAGACAAGUACUAAUAUAUAUUGUUUAAUAUUUUUAAUAAAUAAAUAAAAUAUUUUAAAUAUAAUUACAAAUAUAUUUAUUUUAGGGCUGUCAAAUGAUUAAUCGUGAUUAAUCGCAUACGAAAUAAAAGUUCGAGUUUGCCUAAAAUGUCUGGUACUAUGUGUAAUUAUUAUGUAUAUAAAUAAAAUAAUAAUAAUAAAAUAUAUUCAUAUAUAACAAAUUAUAUAAAAAUUAAAAAAGUACAGAUACAUCUAAAUAUUUCUUAAAUAUAUACUUGAAUGUGUUUGCAUUUAUAUAUACAUAAUAAUUAUGCACCGCACACACACAUAUAUUAGACAAACUCAAACUUUUAUUUUGUAUGCGAUUAAUUGCGAUUAAUCGUUUGACAGCCCUAAUUUAUUUAUUAAAAAUUAUAAACUUUUAAUAUACUUGUAUACAGACUUUUGCAAAUUAUGCAUUACAGAAAUUGGGGCAUAUUUGUCAUAUUACAUACUCAAACCAUAAAUGCAUAAAUCUUGCUUUUGAAUUUAGGGUGAUAUGUGACCUGGUCAAGUUUUGACUGCUUCUGUGUGAUUUGACUGAAUGCACCAGCUUAUAUACUGUAUCUUCUUCAUUUCUGUAGGUUUUUAGUUGGGAGAAAAAAAAUAACGAGUCCAAUGUGAGAUGUAAUUAGCAGCAGACUAAUCUGAAACGGUUGGAUGUAGAGAAGCAGCUCUGAGAGAAAAUUUGAGCAGCCACAUCCUUAAUGAAUGUUUUAUUUAGGUUUCUUUUAAAAAACAGUGCGGCGCUUGACGGGGGUUUGUCAUUUAAUACAUUAAAUCUGGUACAACUGUGUAAAACCACACAAAACUGAAAGUGAUUUGAAGGGUUUGGUUGAACAUUUUCCAAAUUAUGGUUGGCAUUACUGCUUUUACUCACAAGUCAGCCACAAUAAUCUACCAUAAACCCCUCAUUUUUCCCCUAAGUGAAAGCAGGUGUUUUUUAUAAGGGUAACACCUAGUCAUUUUCAACGCAGAACUUUACUUUUUUAUUUUAUUUUAGUGAAACGUACAAUAAACCUUACGUAGCUUAAAGAUGUACUUUUUUCAUAUUUCAGUCUCGGCAUACGUAUACUGUUUAUGUGGUGACGGGCAACUUGCCAUAAUCUGUGGUUUAGUCUGCAUAUGACUGGACUAUUUUCAUUGGUUGGCACAUGUAACAACAGCCAAUCACAGUCAUCUUGUAUGCCUGACAUCAUAAUGGCCCGGAGCAUUAAGAAUUCUGAGAAUUAGCAAUCUUAUCCUGCAUAUCAGUGCAUGUUUCUAUUUUGCAUCCGUAGAUAAAGUAUGGACGUCUAACAGACGGGCUGGAAACCACUUGGCGUGCUGUCUGUUCAAUUAAACAGUCCAAUCUAACCUAUGUAGAUCUGGCCCGAGUAAUAAAGCUUGGGCACAGAAAUGGUGGAGUUUCAUCUGAAAUGUCAAUCAGUAGCCAGACUAACAGUUGGAAAUAAAGUUUGGAAUA